ACUUAAGUCUAAGAGUAAACGUUACGACAAUUCUUAUAUUCAGACCCUAAUUAUUCGCGUAAUACCGACACAAUACUUUGUAAUGUAGGUAUUAUAUAUAUCGUCGGUGGUCCCCACUCUGAAGUCUGAAAUAUCGUCUCAAGCACGCAAUCGGGAAACGAUAGAAAGUAAUAGUCAUAAAUGAGAUAAAGAGCACGUAGCAAGUCGUCCAGGAUUUUCACUACCAUUCGAUACGUGUCGUCAAAGUGGUGACGUGCUACAAAUGGUGUAUCGUGAAUUCUUGAGAAAGAAUGGCAGGUGUAUAUGUGAUAGGACUGCUGUUGUUAGGAGGAGCAGCAGCGUGGACCGUUGAUAUUGCACAUGACAUAACUGUACAUAUGAAUCAAGUAAUAUCAGUCCCAUUCAGUGUACAUAAUAAUAAUAAUAAUAAUAAUAUAUCCAAUCCACAUAUGUGGUAUUUUAACACCGACCAACAUAUCGCAAAAUUAAGUUCUCAAUUUACAAAAUCAAACAAAACUUCUUUUAGUGGUAUUUUUAAUAUCACUGGCGUAUUCCUUGGUAGGACGACAUUAACGUUUACUAUAACGGAAAUGGGGAUUAAGGAGGAUCAAGAAGUAGCUGUUAUUACCGUAAUACGAGAGGAACGCACAAUAGACUCUGUAUUUACUGCCAGUGUAGCAAUACUUGUAUCCAUUUUGUAUAUUAAUUUUGGCUGUGCUAUAGAUUGGAAUGUAUGUCGCAAUACAUUAAGAAGGCCAAUAGGUCCAGCCAUAGGUUUCUUCUGCCAGUUUCUGAUCAUGCCAUUGUUAAGUUUUUUCAUUGGAUAUCUUUUAUUUCCUGAUCAUCCUGAACUGCAAAUAGGCAUGUUCUUCACAGGGAUAAGUCCGAGUGGUGGCGCUUCUAAUAUGUGGACACUGUUACUUGAUGGCAAUCUGAAUCUUUCAAUCACAAUGACCACUAUAUGUACCAUUGGUGCAUUUGGAAUGAUGCCAUUUUGGGUCUUCACAUUGGGUAGAUAUAUCUUCGCACAGGGAAAAAUCGCAGUUCCCUAUCAGCAUAUCGGAACUUUCGUGAUUGGUCUUAUAAUUCCACUGGCCAUAGGAUUUAUCAUUCAAAAAAAGUUUCCAAGAGUGUCGAAGAUAUUGGUUCGAGUAAUGAAACCUUUCUCUGUGAUUUUAAUUAUAUUUAUCAUUAUAUUUGCCAUCAUGACUAAUCUAUAUAUAUUUAAACUGUUUACAUGGAAGAUCAUAAUCGCAGGAAUGGGUUUACCCUGGUUAGGCUUUACAUUUGGUUUUAUAAUAGCGUAUAUUUGCAAGCAAUCUCAAGCUGAUAUACGGGCGAUUGCCAUUGAAACUGGUAUUCAGAAUACAGGCGUAGCGAUCUUUUUAUUACGAUUUACAUUGAAGCCACCCGCUGACGACCUAACUACUGUGGUUCCUGUAUCUGCCGCAAUGAUGACACCGGUACCAUUAGCAAUUUUAUUUAUAAUAAAAUUGAUUUAUAAAUACAAGCAAAAAAAAACGGCAAAAGGGACACUACAGUCUGCCCCGUCGUUCGAAAAACUCCAACAAACUACAAAUGUUUCUACGCAAUUAAAUGAAUCUAAAUCAUUUGAUCGUGCAGAAUAAUAAAUUCUUUGUUUAUGCAUUAAUAAUA